AUGAUCUCGGGCGGGGGAGUGGUGAUGGGCGACGCCAUGGCCGAGACGGUGGCGCUGGCCGAGCGCCUCGGCUGCCCCGUGGUGAACAGCUACCUGCACAACGACUCGUUCCCGGCGUCGCACCCGCUGUGGUGCGGGCCGCUGGGCUAUCAGGGCUCCAAGGCGGCCAUGCGCCUCAUCUCGCGGGCCGACGUGGUGCUGGCUCUCGGCACCCGCCUCGGCCCGUUCGGCACCCUGCCCCAGCACGGCCUCGAGUACUGGCCGACCGAGGCGCAAGACGUGGGCAUCUGCGGCGACGCCGGCGCAGCCGCGGCCGCCAUAACCCGGCGUCUCGCGGGCCGUGAGCUGGCCUGCGAUGCCACCCGGACCCAGCGGGCCGCCGACAUCGCCGCCGACAAGGCCGAAUGGGAGUCCGAACUCGACGACUGGACCGAGGAGACCGACGACUUCAGCGUGGACAUGAUCAAGCAGGCUGCGGCCGAGUCCCGACGACUGGAUGCACCCCCGCCAGGUGCUGCGCGAGCUUGA